GCCGUUAUUGUCGCGACCGCGCUCGCAUCGCACGCACGAGUUCGAAAGUGAAAUCCGAAGGUGCACACUGAGUAACAAAACAACAACUAAAUCCCGGAAAUAAUUACAAAUCGCAUCGUAAUUGCCACACAUCUAGUUAUUGUUAUAGCUCGUCGGAAAUCAGUUCGUAGUGCGUUUCAAGCUUUAAAACAAAUCAAAAACUUUAAAUUUACAGUUUUAAUUCGCGAAUUAAAGUAAAACAAAAAUAAAAUAAAAAUGCGUCCACCACAAUUCGGUGAGGAUAUUACCAACCAGACCAACAACGAAAAUGUUGAUCCCCGGAUGGGCGCCAUGAUGAUUUGCACGCGUCUUGCCGGAAGGGCGAUUAUAAGGGUUGUGGGGAGGUGUAACGAGGCGCAAGAGAAUGAAAAAUUAGAUCUCUCAGAAUGUCAACUAAUGCAAGUUCCCGACGCGGUUUACCAUCUGAUGAGACACACCGAGCUGAAAUCGUGUGAUUUAAGCGGUAAUGACAUCACGAAAAUCUCGCCCAAGUUUACCGUGAAAUUCAGCCUCAUCUCCAGCCUUAACCUAUCACACAAUCAAAUGGCCAAGUUGCCUGAAGAGAUAAAAGAUCUUGCAAACCUCACACGACUGGAUAUCUCACACAAUAGUUAUAUUUCCCUACCGGAUGCCAUCUUCAAGAUACCGAAUCUUCAAGAGUUGAACGCCAGCCACAAUUAUAUCACAGACGUGGAAAUUGACUUGAUAAAAGCCGCCCCAUCGUUGCAAGUGUUAGAUUUAUCCGUAAAUCCACUCACACCACGAUGCCACGACCAUUUGAGUUCGAUUUCCGCGGUGAGAGUUACGCUGACGCCGCGCGAGAAGGAAGACUGGGAGGAUCUCACUAUUUAGUCCACAAUCACAACCAAAAUCUAUACUAAUCGCGUGUAAGGUGUAAAUAUGACUAUUGUGAGGCAAUAAUUAAUGUAAGAUUAACUCACUGCCAUAAAAUCCUCGCGAAACGCGCGAAUUUUAUUCAUUUUUGUGCGUUUUCGAUGAUUUGACGAGGAUUAACGGUAGUAAAAUGCGUCCUAUUUGCAAACAAAUCAUGCUACGGUGAUAAAAUGUACUCUCUCUUCCCAUUAGUCUUCCUGUAUAUCUGAUAUGUAGUUUGUAGUUUGUAUUUUUAUACUCUAACUUUAUUUUUUGUUGGUUUUUUCUUCAUUUUGUUACUUAUUUGUACUUAUUUGUACUUAAAAAUGUCGUGUAUUAACAUACGUGUGACUUAGUGUGGAAUUCUAAUGAUAGUUUUAUGUUUACAUGUUUUUGUGCGGCCGAAAAUUAAUAACAAACGGGAUCCAACCGACGUCUAGUCAACUAUUUUGUGAUCGCGGACGAGCUUUAAGCGUAACUUUUGUAUUUGAUUGUAUUAUUACUUCGUAUGACAAUAUUGACGAACAAUAAAUAUGUAUUGAAUAUGUAA